AUGGGCAGUGCCUCACAUACAGAAGGUGGAUGGCUCAUCCUCUUUGCCAUCACGCUGAGGCUGGUGGCAGCUUGCCCUCCGUCUUGUGUGGUGUGCGCCAGAGACGUAACCCUCUGUCAUCAGCUAACCUAUGUCUUAGCAGCACCUGAGACCACGAGGGUCUUAGUCAUCACCGAUGGACACCUCUCCUCUGUAGACAGCACAAAUCUGUCUCUCUUGUUUAACCUUGCCUUGCUCUCCCUGAGCAGAAAUGGCAUCAAGGAGGUUGAGGAAGAUGCCCUGUACGGCCCGACUAAGUUGCGCACACUGCUGCUGGGCCACAACCGCAUAUCCAGCUCUUCUCUGGCUGACCACACCUUCGGCAAGCUCCGCCACCUGCAGGUGCUGGUGCUCAGCAGCAACACUCUGCGCAGCUUGCGAGGGGCCUGGUUCCGAAACACUAGGGCCCUGACCCGGCUCCAGCUGGAUGGCAAUCAGAUUACUAAUCUCACAGACAGUUCUUUUGCAGGCACGAAUCUCCACCGCCUCAGGCAUCUGGAUUUAUCUAACAAUUUCAUAUCCUACAUUGAGAAAGAUGCUUUCCGGUCUCUGUCUCAACUACAGGAAGUGGACCUUUCUCGUAAUAGGUUGGCCCACAUGCCGGAUGUUUUUACUCCACUGAAGCAGUUAAGCCUUCUGAGCUUAGAUAGUAAUCAAUGGAGCUGCACUUGUGACCUGCACCCCUUGGCUCGCUUUUUAAGAAACUACAUUAAGUCUUCUGCUCACACUCUGAGAAACACCAUGGACAUAACCUGCCGGCCGUCCACUCCAUCUGUGGCCACACAAAGUGUGCUCAGGCUGUCUGAGACCAACUGUGAUUCCAAAGCCCCCAAUCUCACUCUGGUUCUAAAGGAUGGACGUUCCCGCCUCCCAGGGCAGGAUGUGGCCCUGCUGACCAUGCUGGGCUUUGCAGGAGCUGUUGGUCUCACUUGCCUAGGGUUAGUUGUAUUUAACUGGAAACUCCGACAAGGCAAACCAAAUGAACACACAUCAGAAAACCUUUGUUGCAGAACCUUCAAUGAAUCCCUGUGUGCUCAUGAGGCAAGAAAUUACCUCGCUAAAGGAUACUGUAACUGCCACUUAACUCAGGAAAACGAGAUAAAGGUCAUGUCCACUGUGGGGCCCGGAAAGGAAAUGCCACUUUUACAGGAAAACAGCCAUCAAGCAACACUGGCCUCUGAGUCCACAGCCCCUGAUGCAUCAUUUAGAAACCUGAAAGGAAAAGACAGUGUAGACAGUGCUUUCUUCUGCCUGGAUCGUAGACUCCUGCAGUCAGGCUGCUCAGAGCCUCCUGGGAAAAGGGAAGCUUGUAACGAUGUAGCUUCACUUACAAAAUAUUGUCCAAAGAGUGUUGAAAAGUUAAGGAGUCUUAAGCUUGAAGAAGCCCAAUCUCAAGCCCUGUCACAACUUGUAACAAGAACAACAGAUAUCAGCAGUAACACAUUUAGAAGAUAUGCAACAUCCGCUUCAGCUUUGGCAAGAGAAAAUCUUGAAAAGCAUUUAACAAAUGAAUCAUGGCAGCCUCCAAUAGAAAAAGAAGACAAUGGUGUACAACCUCACAGGCAGAGACAUUUUAUUACAAGCUCAAAAGCCAAGCCUUGUGAGCCCGAGGAACACUAUGUACAAAAGAUCUUAUACAAACAUAGAUCAAAAUAUGAUGAUUCUCGUGGACUGUUAAAAUGGAACAAGACUAGAUAUUUUCAGCCAAACAAUGCCCUUUCUUGUAAAUAUGUGCUCUGUGAUCAAUUGCAAGAUUAUGUAAAAGAAAUAAAGCUAAAUCGUAGCAAACCUUCGAAGUCUGAGGAAGAACAAAUUCAAAUUAAUAGUGCAAUAGAAAAAUUCCUUAAGAAUGAAGAUAAUAUAGAUUUUUCAAGGCUAUCAACGAAAAUCAAGAAAACAUAUUCCCCAAAGAAGGCUAAUUUCUAUGAUCCUGAUGUAAUAGGAAAAAAGAGAUUGGUUAUAUCACUCAAAACAUCAACCUACUGGAAACAGCAAGAAAGUCAUGGUAAGCAACUCAUCAACUUGGAUCUCAAAAAAUGUAGCAAACUUGGGGACAAAAACAAAGGAGGAAAAUGGUUUACUAAUCCAAAGAUUCUGAAAAAGAAGAGAAUCAAGGAACCUGAUCUCAAAGGGAAAAUUAAAGGACAAAAUUUAAGGUUGAAAUUAAAUUUACACCCUUUUAGAAAAGUCAGAGUCCAUCCAGAAAAGUCCUUACCAGAGCUCCCAAGGAAACAUAAACAAGUAUUAGUACCUCCUAAAAUAUUAUCUAAAACUUCUGAGAAAAAAACCAAAAUAAACCUUGUGUCUUCUGCAGAUUUCCCUCUACAGACAGAGAGUAACAACGGUGUUAAACUCACUUCAAAAAGGCUGCUUCUCCAACAUCCCUCAAAGCAGACCAGGUUUCACAAAAGGAACAGUAAAAGUGCUCCUCCCGUCAGGGCUAAGACAUUGUCUGCAGGCAGCCAGAGCUCUGUGAAGGACUACCCCUACCCACCUGGUCUUUUUCCUAAUGCAGACUCAACCACGUCACCCCAGCCUAUACUCGGAGACGCUGAAGACAACCCCUCACACUCUCAUUUCUCAGCUGAGCCACAGAAAGGUGCAACUCAGCUCCAAGUGGACGCUCCUCAUUAUUUACCAGAUACUUUGGAAAAUGCAAGAAGUUACAUUUCACCAUCUCAACCUUCCAGUGGGAUUGACCUCAAGGCAACAGGGCCCACUGAGCACAUGGAGCAAAACGAAUCAAAGACCAGUGAACUAAACCAUUUUUCUCUGUCCCUAAGAAGCCAAACACAAAUAUUAGAUGUCCACAAGACUGACACCUACAACAAGGAACACCUUUUAGAUCAAAAUCAAGUUUUACAACAUAAAGAACAAAACUCUUGUCAUGAACAACUUGGAAACAAAACAAAACUAUUAAUGACAAUGUCCAAAAUGUCACAUCCACUUUUGGAAAGUUACAUUAUGGAUCAUGAAGGAAAUAAAGUAGGAACAAAUCUUCCUAACACAGAGACUCAUGAUUCCUUGCUCAUUCCCUGGACACAGUCCAAGAACAACCUACCAUUUAUGAUGACAGAUCCUAUUCCACACCAAAAUACAAUGGAGCUUCCCAAGGAAAUCAGUACUUCUCCUCUCGGUGGCCAAGCCAUCUGGCAUCUAACCAACAGUAGCACAAAAGGAAUUGACAGAACAAAUACAUUGCCGAGAAAGGAUGGCACUGAAGACCUAGAGACAAAAAUAGUAGAAAGAGAAGAAGAAAAUAUACUCACUGAAAGCGAGACAAAUUCUAGUAUGUUGAUUUGGACUACUCAAAUGACCUUGAAAGGCACCACAAAAGAAAAGCAGGAAACUCAGGAAAAUGGAAGAAGUGUGAAACCUGUAUUACAUGAUUCAAGCUCUGUCAAGGAGGCCAUUACAGUUAAGGAUUUGAGUAUUACAAGUUCCCAUGAAACCAGAAAUGGAAUACCUUCUAAUGAAACAGAUCCUGAGAGUAACAGUAAUAUGUAUGAUUUGAAAGAAAUUCAAAAUUUUCAACCAGAUAAAGAUAACAGAGGACACAGAGAUGGCACAAUGAGAGUGGAGACAGAUGGAUUAAAAGAUAUUCAUUUUAUGGCAGAAAAUGAGGUAUCUCUAAUUCCUAAUAAAAUAAAUGAAGCUGAAAACUCUCCCCCAAAACCUGUACUCUAUCCACCAUCUGCUGAAUAUGCUAAUACAACACCUUUAGAAGCAGAACUUAGGGAACAAAAUAACUCAAAUAAUAAUUUUCUACUUUAG